GUUUUGAGCUCCGAGAUUAUUCUCUGUUAUUCUCUGGCUAUAUUCUUACGUCCGUGGUUCUACCAGGUUCUACCACGUGCUAUUUAGCAUUGCCGUCUAUUUCAAUCAAGUUUGGAAGGCAUCUGCGUUUAUUUUGUGAAACGGUAAAAUGUCUAGUACCGUUAUAGUCGCAGGCAUUGGACUUGCUGCAAUAGGGUUUGCAGGACGUUAUGUUGCUAAGAAAUUACCAUCUCUGAUGAAAAAUAUGCCAAACGCACAGACAUUGGCAAACACAAAAUACUAUAAAGGUGGUUUUGAAUCGAAGAUGACCAAGCGCGAAGCAAGUCUUAUUUUAGGAGUGUCACCAGUUGCAAACAAAGCAAAAGUAAAAGAGCAAUUUAAAAGGGUAAUGGCAGCAAACCAUCCUGACCGCGGAGGUUCUCCAUAUCUAGCAGCAAAAAUUAACGAAGCAAAAGAUUUACUUGAAAAAUCAUCAUAACAGUACCUUUUAGAAUUUAUAUUCAAUUAGUAUAUAGUAAUUAUUUAAAUUAGUGUAUCAAUUUCGAUGUACAUAUUUUCUGACACGAGUCAUGUUUUAUGUUUAAUACAGGCGAUAGUAAAUAACUUAUUUCUAAUGUAUUUAUAAUACCAAUACCUGUUUUUUUGUUCAUUUGUAGUUCUCUAAUACUGAUUCAUAAGAAAUAGACAAAUGAAUAACAGGUAAA